AUGGUCAUGGAGGUAAAUCUCCAUGCUGCAUCCCUGUGGGACGAGGUCGAGGACGAUGGUGUGUCCCGUCGCGAGGACAAGCAGGCCCUGGCGACGCUGCUCCGCUCUACCCCGCCCAUGAUGCAUCUGAUGCUGAUCGGCAAGGGGUCGGCGAAGGCUGCAUGGGCGGCCAUCAAGCUGCAGAACCAGGGGAGUGAUCGUGUGCGCGAUACGCGUGUGCGACGGCUCCGCACCGAGUUCGAGACGAUCGCCUUCAAGGACGGCGAGCGCAUCGACGAGUUUGGGAUGAGAAUCUCGAACCUCGCCUCGACCUUGCGCUCCUUCGGCGACGUCGGGAACGACGAGAAGAUUGUAAAAAAAUUUCUUUUAGUUGUGCCAACUCGCUUUGUACAGAUAGCACUCUCCAUUGAGAUCCUACUCGAUCCGGCCACCAUGACUGCCGAGGAAGUGGUCGGGCACCUGCGUCCGGUGGAGGAGCGCGUGGACGGCGAUCAUGGCCUGGCGGGAGGACAAAUUCUCUUCACUGAGUAACAGUGGGAGGAAAGGAAGAAGUUGGGCCUCAGCGGAGGCUCUGGCAGUAGUGGAAACGGCGGAGGCCAUCACCGCACGGACACAAGCUCCAGGCGCAAGGGCGGCCAGGCUCAGCAGAAGCCAGCGACACCACCCGCCGCUGGAGACAACGCCGACCGCGACCUAUGCAGAUACUACAAGAAGAAGGGCCACUGGGCCCGUGAUUGUCGCAAGAAGAAACACGACGAUGCGCAGCGCGGCAUGGCGAACCUCGCCGUCGAGGAUGACGCCGAUCCCACCAUGAGGAUGGCACACGUCAUCGAGGUGACAGAACCUGGAGUGGAGCUCCACACCGCGGCGGCCGAAACAGGCGAAUUCCCUGCCGCAGGCGACACCCCGAUCCGCUCCGGUUCACACUUCCUCUGCAACGAGGAGAGGGCCAAGCUCAAGCCCAUGCACGCCGGGGAUGUCCAGGAUCUGGCAUGGUACCUGGACUCUGGCGCCAUGAACUACAUGACGGGAGACAAGGGCGCCUACGCUAAGCUACACGAAAAGUUCUCCGUCAUGGUGAGAUUUGGAGAUGGCUCGGUGGUCACGAUCUGCGGACGAGGCACCCUCCUGUUCACCAUCGAUCAGUUCUUCCAAAAGAGAACACAUUAAUUGACAAAUAAUCUUUUGGAACCAUCAGUAAUUUACCUCAAUCCUGAUAACAUGUGUUAUCCUGUUAUUUUGCAGUCUUGCAGAAAAGUCAAGUGUGUAUACCUCUUCAUUUUUAUUAAAGUCCAACUUCGUAUGUUCUCUAUCUUUCUGUAAAUGGAAAUUGCAUCUCUACUAGAAAGCCACCAUCUACCUAUUUGAAUUUUUUGCCAUGUGUCUAUAAAAUUAAUGUUGUAGCUAUCCAAAUUAUGGAAGGAAGAAGCUAAUCCUUCUAAUAUUGUCAGGAUUAAAUAUGUGAAAUGCAGGAACAAAAUGAUCGUUAUGUUUCUUGGAGUUGGCGAUCUGAUGUUUAUUUCUUCGUGAUAUUCCAAUUUGAAUUACCGACGGUAGUUGGUCAAGGAUUGAUACUUGGUAGACCAUUCAGUUUGUGUAUCAAUCAAGGACCCUACACUUGAAAAUGUUGAGUUAGCAUUGACUUCAGGAACCAUUGCACAGUUGGUAAUGUAUGCUCUCUCUCCUUGCAUCUGAUGUGAAAUACAUUCUCGUGAUCAUUCUCGAUCGAAAAUUUGGACCGUGACCAACAUGACAUUUUCUCUCUGGGAUGCUCAUACAAGGGAGCUUCUGAAAGUAUUCCGAAUGGAUGGCCAGGUUGAGUCAGCUCAGCUAGAGACACCGCUCAUGCCAGAGCAAACCCAUGGAAUAAGUAGAGGUCCAAGUUAAACCAUCUAAGAAGGAUAAGUCCCAUGGUGGUCCUUUGGACUUCUUCCAUAAAUCUAGGAAUGCCUUAAGCAGCUGAUGCGGUGCGUCGGGUCGCAAUAAAGGGGACAUGACGAAUUGCAUGGAAAGAACAAGUGCCACCAAGUUUUUUGCAUGCAUCAAGGAGAUUUGAGGUCUGUUUAAUCCUUGAUUGGAUGACUUUAUUGUGAUGAUGGCGUCCUCACACCCAACCAAAUGAAGAUAUUUGCAUGGAUAAGCUAAAAGCAUGUGCCCGAAGAUAAUGAAAAAUUUAUAUGUUAGAUUUUUAUCUGUGUUUGUCUGAUGAUUAGAAAUUCAAAGAAUGCAUAUCUUGAUUAGUCAAAAAAUAACAGUUUUUUCGCUU